AACUUCAUGUUGAUGGCAUUUGCAUUAAACUGCAACAUGCUGCUAUCAGCAAUCAUUGGGAAGAGUCUGAACUCUCCCACAAGAGAGUUGCAGAUUUUUUUAACACAGUAUUAACAGGAACGUGCUCCAGUACUCAGCUGUUGUCUUCUUCAUUUAACCUCUUCAGGCAAGAAGCAGCUGCUUCAUGAUGGACUCCAUUUCUAGAGCGGUUACUGAGUUUUGCCUUGACCUCUACAAAAAGCUYAACAGAAGUGCAGAGGAUACAAAUAUUGUCUUCUCUCCAAUGAGCAUCUCUGCUGCCCUGGCCCUGAUCCGCCUUGGUGCAAAAAACAACACUGCUGUUCAGAUAGAAAAGGUGCUCCAUGUCAGACAAGCUGCAGAAAGAACGAGCCUUGGACAUGAUCAUGAGAGUGCAGCCCCAGAAAUGGAACCAGAAGAAAGUCUGGAGAGUCUGCCUUCCUUCUCAGAGUGUGCCAAGGAUGGAGACCUUAACCAUAAAGCAUUCCAGGAGCUGCUUUUMCAACUACAAAACCUUGGUGAAAAAUACGUUUUAACGUUGGCCAGCAAUCUCUUCAUACAACAAGGAUUUGAACUCCAGCAGCAAUUUCUAAUGUGUACCAAGGAACUGUAUGGAGCAAUGCUGCAAACAGUGAACUUCCAUGGUGCUGUUGAAGCUGCAAGAAGAAAAAUUAAUGCUUGGGUUGAAAGUGAGACGCAAGGUAAAAUCAAGGAACUCUUUGCCCCUGGUGUGAUUGAUGUGCAUGCAUUGCUGGUGCUGGUGAACGUAAUCUACUUCAAAGCAUCCUGGGAACACAAGUUUGAGGAAGAAAAAACAGUCCAGAGAGAUUUUAAACUGAAUCAGAACAGAAAGAAACCUGUGCAGAUGAUGUAUCAGAAGGGCAAAUUUAAACUGGGCUACAUUGAGGAGGUGGRUGCUCAGGUCCUUGAACUCCCUUAUGCUCAGAAGGUGCUGAGCAUGGUCAUCCUGCUGCCAAGUAAYGUGGAUGAUGGAUCUGUCAGUGGCCUGGAGCAGAUCGAAAGCAGAAUCACCUAUGAAAAUCUAAUGCUGUGGGCCUCUUCAGAGAACAUGUUUGAGUCAACAGUGGAGGUUUACCUCCCGCGAUUCAAGUUGGAGGGCACCUUUAACCUCAACGAGGUUUUACAGGAGAUGGGGAUGACUGACAUCUUCAAUGAAUCAAAAGUUGACCUUUCUGCAAUGACAUUUGCCAAAUCUUUGGUGCUGUCCAAYGUUGUCCAUAAGGCGUAUGUGGAGGUCAAUGAGGAAGGCACCGUGGCGGCAGCUGGCACAGGAGCUUCCAUUGUGAGGAGGUCCCUGCCUCUCAUUGAGGUGUUCAUGGCUAAUCACCCUUUCUUAUUCUUUAUUAGACACAAUCCUACCAACACGAUUGUUUUCUUUGGCAAACUCUGUUCACCUUAAAAAGAAGCCAUUUUCUGUGAGGAACACCUGGAUGAACAGCAGCAAUUGUAUUUUUCUCCCAGAUGCUUUCUUAUUCCUUUGACAGCUAGUUUGUACUUCAAAAUAAUCACUGCAGCCAGUUGUAUUUAGAACCUAUGAAUCAGAUGCUCUGCCAGUAGGCUUCUUGAAUUGUAAAUAUUAUCUGAAUCCAGAAUARGAGUAAAUUUUACCUUAAACUCACUGGAUAUGAAUAACAUUUUGUUUCAUUGAUGUGCACACAUGCCCUGGUAUUCCUGCAUYCAUAUGCAUUCUGAUGAUGAUGACAAUAGGGUUGAGGUGGGUCCAUCUCCCCUGCACAAACAGAACAUCCACAGCUGGUUGUCCGAGUCCACAUCUAGAUGCCUUUAGGAUAUCUCCAAGAUGGGGGGGUCCACCACCUCUCUGGACAAGUCUGUGUUAAGUUCUCAAAUAACUCCAAAGAGAAUUUUGUAUACAUGGUGUCUGCAGGAACAGGUUACAAAACCGUGUAAGAAGGCUGCCUUUUACAUGGGAAUAAAUCAAAUUAUUUAUCUCAAAGUUUCAAAGAAUAGAAAGAAAAUGGUCAAAAACAUCCCACUGAAGUUACUGAGGUGGGAACACUGUCGCAGUGGACUUCCAAAAAAUGUGUUUUCCUUUUCCCAUGUUGCUGUGUGGUGAAUUUGGAUGUUCUGAGAUGCAAAUCUGAGAGACAGAGCCCUCUCCAUGCUUUGAAAAAUGAGGAAAGGUUUUGUAAAGUGCWGUUUAAAUCAUGGAAAUCACAGUUAAACAUUACCUUGGAAUGUUUAGGGGAAAAAAAAUAAAACUCCUUUCUGGCUAAUAGGGAGASAUUACUGAUAAUUUGCUGGUUUAACAUAAGUGAUGUCUUCCUCAGAGGGAUUCUGCAUGAGAUUUAGCAAAUUAACAUUUGUAAUGUACUUUUAUAUAUAUAUAUAUGUAAUGGAGAGUCAGUGAAUAACAUGUUUAAUGCACAGAAUUAUAUAUAUAUAUGGAAAAGAGAAGACACACUAAAAUAAUGAUGUGCAAAUUCCUGAAGAACAUCUAGUGAAUCGAUUCAAAGCAGACCUUGUGAAAGGUGUUCGAAUAGGGCUCCUGAAAAAUUCCAUCACAAUGAGUUUGAUUUUAAAAUUGAACAUGGUACUUAACUUCUUCAGUGCAGAAAUUCAUGUGGCUCAGGAGGUGAAAGGCCUGUAUCCCAUUUCCUUGCUCAAAUUCAAGCCUGUGGCUCUCAAGAGAAUGCACCAAGUGCUCUCAGGCACUGGGCUUUAGCACAGGCUGCAGGGAAAAGCAGCCCACCUUCCUUUUGAAGCGCUUACAUGAAGGAGUGCAUCUUAAAGGUGCAAGAAGAGAACUCCAGGAGUGAUAACUUGGCAGUUCAAUAACUGUGGUAUAGAUGAGUUCUGGUUUCCAGGGUCUGGUGCCCACUGCAGUUUUUGUCUGGUAACACAGAAGAAGUCGUCUCUGUGUGUGGGUGUCUAUCCUAUAGUGCAAUGGAAGUAUUUUGGUCUAUGGCUUCCUGUUAGUAUGAAUUUUUCCUCACUUUCUUAAUAUCUGCCUAGAAAAGAACAGAGUGAAYGAAGUAGGUCAAUUGUGAGUUUCCUCUUAGCUCUUCAGAGAGUGCUGCUGUGCAGCUUUUUCAUCUGAAUCCUCAGGCAUGAAAUUAGAUAUUCUUAGUUAUGGGAUGGUGAGUCACARCUUUUGUGUAAGAGCACUUCCACCUACACAUCUCCAAGAUUAUUUUGCAUUYCUCCCUCACUUGAGUGCUACAGUUUGGAAACAGAGUCCAGCUUUUCCAUACACUUACUGACAGUUUKAAAUAUGCUGGAAAAGCACUCCCAAAGGACCUCUCUCACAAAUCCUGAUGGAUGCCUUAUUUUCUCGUGCAAUGCCUCGUGAGGCAGGGAGCUUUUGGCACAGCCCUAGUUGCAGCCUGCAACCUCCCAGCAUCAGUUGCAGCUCUGUCUCCACUCACUGCCCUGACAGCUCCUUUUCCAAGAGACCCCCACCUCAGCCCCCUCUGCUGCCUGUCCCUUCGGUCCCUUGUAAUCUGUCAGAACGAAGCAGUCCCAAGCAAUGACCAGUCCUGCCUUUUCCAUCACCCUCAGCCUGCUGAGUGAGGAMUCAUCUUACUGAACUGUAGUGGGAUAAUCACUGUGGGGAAAGGCUCUCUCAAAUUAGAGUUUUGUAACAGGAAAAAGGCYACCCAAUCAUAUUUUCAGAUUAUAUUMAUGCAAUCAUUACAUGUUAUCUAGKGGGGACUUAGCUGUAUUUUGCUUAAUGGGUUCAGCUGCUGGUCUUCUCCGAGAAAUGCAAUAUUCUUCCCAGAGCAGUGCUGAGCACAGUACCUGUUGGCCUAAAAUAAAGGCAUUGCUCAGCCCACAGCCACCCUCGAGACAUCACGAGGAAACACUGUGAAAAACCUGACUGCUGCUUGUGAUGCAGAGCAGUCCCCAGGGUUGAAGGAUGGGUGCUUUGGCAGUGUGGAGCCCAUUUCCUUGCUCAUGAUUGGUGAUGAAUAUGAAGGAUCCUGGAAGACAUGCCUGGGGGCCUUUGGUGUAUCUCUUGUACCCCAGACAGGAGCCAGUCAACCUUGCUGCCUCAUUUGCUUGUUGUUUUGUGCAAAUCUUCAGACUGACAGUGACUGUGGAUCUCAUCAAAAGCCUCAGGAGCGCCACAUACAAUUCAAGCCAUAACCAUCAAUGCCUCGAGCUCCCCACACCUUUCUGCUGAACCAUGUGRGCUAGACCUAGGGCAUAGGAAAUCAGAUUCAUACCUGGAGUACAGAAGCAAAUAUCCAGAACUGAGAACCUCAGCUGYUCUCCUAUUGCAGUGUCUAACUUUCUGUGGUGUUGUGGGGAAAAUCCACAUGCAGUACAAUGU